GAGAGAGAGAGGGAGAGAGAGAGGGAGAGGGAGGGAGUUGUUCUGAGCAUCAUGUCAGCCUCAGCAGUGUUUGUCCUGGAUCUGAAAGGGAAGGUUCUGAUAUGUAAAAAUUACAUGGGUGACAUAGACAUGAGUGAAAUUGACCACUUCCUGCCGAUGCUGAUGCAGAUGGAGGAGGAUGGACCUGGUUCACCCAUCUUCACCCAUGGACAUGUUCACUUCCUUUGGAUAAGGCAUAGCAACCUGUAUCUGGUGGCAGUGACAAAGAAAAAUGGAAAUGCAGCCUUAGUUUUUUCAUUUUUGUACAAAAUUAUUCAGGUUUUCACAGAAUAUUUCAAGGAGGUCGAAGAGGAAAGCAUUCGGGAUAACUUUGUCAUUGUUUAUGAGCUUUUGGACGAGGUGAUGGAUUAUGGAUUUCCACAAACAACAGACAGUAAGAUUCUGCAGGAGUACAUCAUGCAGCAGGGACAUAAGCUGGAGAUUGGAGCUCCGAGACCUCCAGCCACCCUUACAAAUGCAGUGUCUUGGAGAUCAGAAGGUGUAAAGUACAGGAAGAAUGAGGUGUUCAUUGAUCUGAUUGAAUCUGUCAAUUUAUUGGUGAGUGCAAGUGGCAGUGUCUUGAAGAGUGAGGUCGUUGGGAAUGUAAAGUUGAAGGUAAUCCUGUCGGGAAUGCCAGAGCUGCGACUUGGGCUCAAUGACAAAGCGCUGUUUGAAAUCUCCGGACGGGACAAGAGUAAAUCUGUGGAACUGGACGACGUGAAGUUUCAUCAGUGUGUGCGCUUGUCUCGCUUUGAGAACGAUCGAACCAUUUCCUUCAUUCCACCAGAUGGAGAGUUUGAGCUGAUGUCUUACCGUCUGUACACUCAGGUAAAGCCUUUAAUAUGGAUUGAGUCAGUGAUUGAGAAAUAUUCGCACAGCCGAGUGGAAAUUAUGGUAAAAGCCAAGAGUCAAUUUAAACACCGCUCCACAGCAAACAAUGUGGAGAUUUGUGUGCCUGUUCCAAGUGAUGCUGACACACCAAAGUUCAAGACCAGCACAGGCAGUGCAAAAUGGCUCCCAGAAAAAAGUGUUGUCAACUGGUCAAUCAAGUCUUUCCCUGGUGGAAAGGAGUAUCUGAUGCGGGCUCACUUUGAUCUCCCAAGUGUGGAGGGUGAGAUGGAGGCAAAGCCCCCGAUUACUGUGAAGUUUGAAAUCCCAUAUUUCACAGUCUCCGGAAUCCAGGUGCGCUACCUGAAGAUUAUUGAGAAAAGUGGAUACCAUGCACUUCCCUGGGUUCGCUACAUAACACAGAGUGGAGAUUACCAGCUGAGGACAAAUCAAUAGCAUCGCUGUCACCCAGCAGCAUCCAAUUUGAAGGACAACAUUUUUGAAUGAAGGAGAAAGGGAAGACUCUCUUCAAGGCUGUAAGUGGGUGGAUGCCACACACCGAAAAGCCUUCACAUCACUUCCACAUACUGGAUGGAAAAGAUGUGACCAUGUGUAUCAUUCUUCAUUGCCGUUUGUUUGGUUUUUUACUGGUGGACACUUUAUUGCUGCUCCUAGCAGGUUUCUCUGGUAGCUAGAACGUGUCAGAAUAUUACCGAUCUUUCGAUUGAUUCAUGGUCAUUUUCAACACUGUAAGUAACGCUGUGGGAAAUUUUGAACUAGUUUUACUUUUUGGGGUGAAUCCUUGUGAAAUUGGACCUGAAGCCCUUUACAAACUCUUCACUUCCAAUAACAGUUUUCCGAAACAUGGCCAUUGACUGGGUUUAUGUGGAAACAAAAUAAAUUGGAUAAAAAUUAUAAGCCACAUAAAUAUGAUGACAAUCAAUGCAAUUCCUGAAUUAUAUAAUAAUGUUUAGUCCCCAGUUAUUAAGGGGACUUGAUGUGGAAUCAUCCCUACAAAGACUGUCAUAAAUAAACAUUUCUAUAAAUCUCACUACUGCUCAGUUAUGACAAUAUAAUUCACAAGCUCAAUGGAAACAGCUAGGAAUAGACCUAGUAUUGAUACAAAUACAUUUUCUGGAACAGAACAAUGUAAAUGGCAGCUUUGUAUUCAAUACAAAGUUAGUUUCCUCAUUUGCUGCACUUUCAUCAUUUACUACAACAUCAACAACUUGACCCUGACAGCUCCACUACUUUAUGAUGAACUGGAAUUGCAGUAUAUUAGAGUUUUGCAUGAAACUCAUCUGGAGUUUCUGAUCAGUUCUGACGAAUGAAACUAUCAGAUCUCUUAAAUCUCUUGCAUUGUUCCUCAAAUGAUAAAAGAGAUGACAAUCUUGAUAUAGUGUGUGUAUAUAUAUAUAUAUGCUGUAUUAUUAGCUGUGGAUGGGUCAGUCAAUAUUAAUUGUUAUGAGUGAGAUCUAAAACUGGACCAUUUCACCCUCUCUAAUUACCUCCAGCACUGUUUUGUACUCUCCUGAGCCGCCAAGUUCAACAAGUGAAACGUUUCUCUCUCUCCAUUUUCGUUUAUUCAUUCCAGCUAUUCCACCUGAACCAUUUUGUUUUGUCCUACAUAUGCUUGCGAUUUGUUCAUUUUCUGUUGAAAAAGUGGAUUAAAUUGUUGCUAAUUGUUCAGAAUUCUCCCCCCUCUCCCCCGUUCAAUGAAUGAUGUUUAAAUUCCGGUGGUUUCAAACUCCAACCUGUGUUACCGAAUAAAAAUUCACGAUCAAA